UGGCCCCAAGAUGGCGGCGCCCAGCGGAGCGGCCGAGGCGGCCCGCGGCGAGGGAGACCGCGGGGGCUUCGGGUGUUGGCUGGACGGACGGCUGGAGGCGUUGGGAGUGGACCAAGCCGUGUACGGCGCCUACAUCCUUGGUGUCCUGCAGGAGGAGGAAGAGGAAGAGAGGCUGGACGCUCUGCAGGGUAUCCUCUCUGCUUUCCUGGAAGAAGAUUCCCUCCUUGAUAUCUGCAAGGAAAUUGUAGAACGAUGGUCUGAAACGCAGAAUGUUGUCACCAAAGUGAAAAAAGAAGAUGAGGUGCAGGCCAUUACUACCCUAAUUGAGAAGCAGGCUCAGAUUGUUGUGAAGCCCAGGAUGGUGUCAGAAGAAGAGAAACAGAGAAAAGCCGCCCUGCUGGCCCAGUAUGCUGACGUGACAGAUGAAGAGGAUGAAGCAGAUGAAAAGGGUGACUCAGGUGCAUCGACAAUGAACAGUGGUUCUGACAAAUCCCUAUUCCGAAAUACCAACGUGGAAGAUGUUCUCAAUGCUCGGAAACUGGAGCGAGACUCACUUCGGGAUGAGUCCCAGAGGAAGAAGGAACAGGACAAGCUGCAGAGAGAAAGGGACAAACUAGCCAAGCAGGAGCGCAAGGAAAAGGAAAAGAAAAGGACACAGAGAGGGGAAAGGAAACGAUAACACUGGCCUACUCUUCCUUCUACCCAUGGACUGAUUCUGUGUACACGUGUUUAAGAGAAAUGGGAGGCCAUUACAUUUCCCAUGAUCUCCCAAGGCAUUGGUCCUUCUGUUUAAAUAGUUAAAAGGAAAAUCACAGUCACUUUGAACUACAAAACGUGCCAUGUUUUGGUGGUGUGGGCAAUCAACUAUAGUUAGUGUCUUUACCAAAGAUCUUAAAUAGGGGCAACCUUUAUUUUUUUAAUACUGAGGUUCUGUGUUCCUUCUGGCUUUUUAUUUUUUAAAGGUGUCCCUCAUUUUUGAUUCAAAAAGCUAACAGUUACAGUUUUUAUCCUGGAGGAAGCAUGUCUAUUCAUUCCCUCUAUGAUAAAAAAAAAGCAGAAUUGCAAAUUGCUUUGGAGGCAAUAUGUGCCCUUAAAUCUAAUCUGUUUUUGUUUUUUGAGAUAGAAUCUCACUCAGUAGUCCAAGCUGGCCUUGAACUCAUGACAGUACUCUUGCCUCAGGCUCCUCAGUGCUAAGAUUACAGACAUGAGCCACCAUGCUUGGCUGUAGUAGUAGUUUAUGGCUGAAAUGGCUGUUAAAAAGCCUUGCCUGGAUCCACAUUUUAUAACAUGACAGCAAAUUAGGGAAGUGGGAAGGAAUUGUCUGAGGGUGUUAUGGAUGUGGCAAUAUUUUUUUGAAAAAGUUUCAACCUGGGCUGGGGAUGUAGUUAGUGGUAAAGUGCUUCCUUGGCAUGUACUAGCUGGGUUUGAUCCCCAAUACUACACAUACACAAUAAAGUAUGGGGUAAAAAGGUAUCUUUUUAAUAGCAUAAUAGCGUUACAUAUUUUUCCUCAUGUAGACUGUGACUUUAAGAAGGAUGUACUUAUAUUGACUGAAAAGAUAUUGUUAGCUAGAUUCAUUUUUUUUAUAAUCAUGAAUUCCCUCUUGAUUUUAAUUCUAAUUUCACCUAAAAUUAGACCGUAAAACCUAAAUUCUAGUUUAGAGAAACUAGAAGAAUUGUUUUGUAGAGAACACUGGAGAAAAAUCUUGCUAAAACAAGUGUACAUAGUAGGUGUUUAGCACAUUUAUGAAAUGAACAGAUGGAAUCAAGUGAUCAGAGACUCUUCACGUCUACUUCUGUCUUACAGUGCUCACUUGUAAAUCAGGUCCUGCCCUGCGUUGGGCAAUAGCUGCCUGGAGAGAGCCGUUUCUCUGACAGACAAAGUAGAUAUUUUAUACCAGGGGUCAACACUACCACUCAUAGACCAAGCUUAGCCUAAUCUUUUUAUUGUAUGGUACAAACUAAAAAUGGUUUUUACUUUUUUAAGAGGUUAUAAAAGAAUACAUGACAGAGACCAUAAGUAGGUAUAAAACCUAAAAUUUUUACUGUAUAGUCCUUUGGAGAAAGCUUGUUCACUUGUUUUAUAUCAUUAUCUAUGAGAUUAACAAAAAAUUUUGCCUUUGUGAAGAAAGUUUUAAAAACUUGGUUAAGGGGAAAAGGAGAUACAUUGCUUCUUCAUACAAUCCUAUAACUUUGGCAUUGCAAAAAUAACCACAUUUUAAGAAAAUAAACUUUAAGUCACCA